UUCUCAACAACACGGCCGGUCAGCGCCUCCGCCCACCUCCAAUGUUUUCGUCGUCACAUCCCUCCUGUUCACAGGGGGAAUGUCGGCUGUGCGCGUGUUAAAAAUAACCCCAUCAUCUCCUCUUCUCCUGGUUGACGCUCCUCUCUGGGUCACUCGCAGCAUUCAGUGGCUUCACUGGUCAGCAGCAGGAAUAUGCGAAGAUGGCCACGGAUCUGGGCGAGCUCCUGGUGCCGUACAUGCCUACCAUACGGGUGCCGAGAUCAGGAGACAGAGUGUACAAGAGCGAGUGCGCCUUUUCCUUCGACUCUCCGGAAUCAGAAGGAGGGUUGUAUGUGUGUAUGAACACAUUCCUGGGCUUCGGAAGAGAACACGUGGAGAGACAUUACCGCAAAACUGGACAGAGUGUGUACAUGCACUUAAAACGUCAUGUGAAGGAGUGUUGUUGCUUGCCACAGAAAGCCACAGGUGCUGCUGGGGGUGCUGUGCCAAGAAGACGGAAUGGAAAAAUAUUUUUAGAUUUAGAACUUAACCGUGACUUUAACGGGGAUGAUUAUGAAUAUGAAGAUGAAGCCAAGCUUGUCAUAUUCCCAGACCACUAUGAGAUCCCUUUACCAAAUAUCGAGGAGUUGCCUGCUCUGGUGACAAUUGCUUGUGAUGCUGUACUUAAUGCUGUUUCUGCAUACAAAAAGCAAGAGCAGGAUUCAUGGGAGGAGGAGCUUCAAGUGUCAAAGCAUGCCAGAAGUCUCAGACAACAAGAGAACGGGGUUCGGAUUCCUCCAAGUGGCUGGAAGUGUGCCAAGUGUGAAAUGCGAGAGAACCUGUGGCUCAAUCUGACAGAUGGCUCGGUCCUCUGUGGGAAAUGGUUCUUCGAUGGAAGUGGUGGGAACGGACAUGCCCUCGAGCACUACAAAGAAACCAAAUUCCCACUAGCAGUCAAGCUUGACACCAUCACCCCAGAUGGAGCAGAUGUUUACUCCUUCGAUGAAGAAGAGGCAGUACUUGACCCUCACAUAGCAGAACACUUGGUACACUUUGGAAUAGACAUGCUAAAGAUGCAAAGGACGGAGAACGGCCACCACACAGACAACCACGUUCAGCCUCGAGCCACGGAGUGGGAGGUGAUUCAGGAAUCUGGCCUUAAGCUGAAGGCAGUCUACGGUUCAGGGUACACGGGCAUCAGAAACCUGGGCAACAGCUGCUACCUCAGCACCACUAUGCAAGUGCUCUUCAGUAUCCCUGAGUUCCAGAGAGCGUAUGUUGGUAAUCUACAGAGAAUAUUUGACUACUCACCCCUUGAUCCUACCCAAGACUUCAGCACACAGAUGGCCAAACUGGGUCAUGGACUACUUUCAGGCCAGUAUUCCAAACCGCCAGUCAAAUCAGAACUCAUUGAACAGGUGAUGAAAGAAGAAUACAAGCAGCAGCACAGAGGGAUUUCCCCCAGAAUGUUCAAGGCUCUGGUCAGCAAGGGCCACCCGGAGUUCUCCUCAAACAGACAGCAAGAUGCCCAAGAAUUCUUCCUGCAUUUUAUUAACCUGGUAGAGAGGAAUAGCGCUGGCUCAGAGAAUCCCAGCGACGUGUUCCGCUUCAUUGUAGAGGAGCGUAUACAGUGCUGCCAGUCACAGAAAGUGCGUUACACACAAAGAGUGGACUACCUUAUGCAGCUCCCUGUGCCCAUAGAGGCCGCCACUAACAGAGAAGAGCUUAUGGCAUAUGAAAUUAAGCGGAAAGAUGCUGAAGAAAACUUACACACUCCUCCUGAUCCGGUGAGGGCCCGUGUUCCCUUCACUGCCUGCCUACAAGCCUUUAAUGAGCCUGAGAACGUUCCGGACUUCUGGAGCUCGGCACUGCAGGCCAAGUCAGCCGGAGUGAAGACUUCUCGUUUUGCAUCUUUUCCUGACUUCAUGGUUGUACAGCUGAAAAAGUUCACAUUUGGAGUCGACUGGGUUCCUAAAAAGUUAGAUGUUUCUGUAGAGAUGCCUGACUUUAUGGACUUGAAUUGGCUGCGAGCUACAGGGCUACAAGCGAGUGAAGAAGAGCUCCCUGACCUGACACCUCCUAUCGUCAUUCCUGAGGACACAAGAGACAGCUCAGUGAAUAAUUCUUUGGAAUCUCCGGAAAUAGAUGAGGCCUCAGUGAUGCAGUUGGCAGAAAUGGGCUUCCCUCUGGAGGCCUGCCGGAAGGCCGUGUACUACACUGGGAACAUGGGAGCUGAAAUGGCCUUUAAUUGGAUCAUUGCUCACAUGGAGGAGCCAGACUUUGCCGAGCCCCUUGCAAUUCCUUCAUACAUGGAGGCAGACCUUCCCAGCGCCAGCUUUCCUACUGCCAGCCCUCUGGAUAACCAGCCUCCUGAAGAAAGCAUCUCCAUCCUCACCUCCAUGGGCUUUCCCAGACAUCACACCAUUCGAGCCCUGAAGGCCACAAAUAAUAACCUGGAGCGAGCGUUAGACUGGAUCUUUACACACCCAGAGAGUGAGGAGGAGAGCGAGGCCAUGUCUGACAUGGUGGACACAGAGCCCAACGAUACGAGUUUCUCAAAUGCCAACACACACAGUGACUCCACGCUGUCCCCGGAGCAGGAGAUGUCUAGUCCACGUGUACGAGAUGGCCCUGGACGGUAUGAACUCUUUGCCUUCAUAAGUCACAUGGGAACAUCAACAAUGUCAGGUCAUUAUGUAUGUCAUAUCAAAAAGGAAGGAAGAUGGGUCAUUUACAAUGAUCAUAGAGUAUGUUUGUCGGAAAGGCCUCCAAAAGACUUAGGUUAUAUUUACUUUUACCGGCGCUUGCCCAGCUGCUAGAUUUGGACUUUAGAGAGUAGAGCCGCACUGCCUGCAAGGCACAGACGAGGAGGAGGAUAUUACUGACAAUGCAGGAAACCUGGGAGGUGUUCACACUGUAGAGAAGGAGAGGAGUCAUCUCAAACCCUGCAAAGACCUGCAAAGAAAAAAAAAAACUCAUCCAGUACAGACACGGUGAAAUGGACGGAAUGAAUGUGAUUAAUAAUCUGUAUGUUUCUUUACUGUUGGUUUGCUGAGAGUAUAUACUGUACUGGUCAUACGGAGCGAUGUGUGCCAUUUCAAAUAUGCAGAAUUAUGUUCUAAUAAUAUACACAAACACACACUAAUUUGUUUUCUCUUUCAAUGCCUUGAGCAAAAAUACUAUGCCAGUAUUUUCAAGCGAUACCUUCUUUUCGAAAAUGGAAAGAUGAUUCUUCCUAAAUGUGGACGUAUCGCUACUGCCAGCCCUGAUUCAUUCCAGGUUCAAUUGAUGUUCUUGGAAUUACAUUUUGAACGAACACUGGAACACAUUACUGUGUUAAAAAACAUUUGGAGGUUCUCGGAAAUUUAUGAAGUAAAGUGGAAUUAAGGUAACGUAAUAUCAUGCACAAAUACGCACAAACUUAAAGUAUUGGGCAAAGUAAAAAGAAUUGUGAAGUUUAAAAGCAUCCAUGUUGGGAGAAAGUUUGUUUUUGUAGGGAUUAAAUAUGCACUGUUACAAUAUCUUUAUAUAUCCUUGAUCUUUUGGGGUAAAAUUAUUCAAGAAGAUUUAUAUUCAGUCUUGUAAAACUUCAGCACAACUAAAUACAAUACAUUUAUUAUGUAGUUUACACCAUUGGUCAGAGUUACAAGACAAGACUGAUGUACCAAUGAUUUGUUUUGUGCAAUAGUUAAGUGCUUUAUACUCAUUGCCUUGUCCAGGUUCUGUUUUUCUUAUUUUCUUCUCAAUUACAUUAACAGACCAUUUGUAUCCAAUAAAUAAGCAAUAUAUAUAUAGUGACUAGUGGAUUCAACUUCAUAACAUCAUAUGCAGCAUCAUACAUCAAACCUGGAUCUCAGAUCCUUGGGUGAUGUGAAUGUGGAAUGUACUCUCUAUGGUGCUCAAUAAUACCAAAUCUCUUACAUUUUUAGAUGUUUUCAUGUCCCCCCCCCCCCCCGAAAUUCCUCACUGAAGCAUAGAGCCAUGCAUAUGAGAAAUCAUUUUCUUUUCUUUCUCUAUUUUUUUUUUUAUUACCCCAACUACUUACACAUUUUUCUGUAGGACAUUUAUACCAGAAAAAACAUUACUUGUUGACUGUUUUAAUAUAGCAGCGUUUUUCUUGUUUCUCUCACUUUCUCUCUCUUCUCUUUCAAACUGGAGUUAAAGGAAACGUGAUGCUGUAUGACUGCACUCUUCCUGUUGGCCUUUUUUUUUCUUUUCAGAGUGUGAAAGACGAUGCUUUGAACACCUCCUUUUAAAGCAGGCCUUCGUAUUAUCAGCUUGCGCGCUACAAUCCAAAAUGUACAAGUUAGCUAUUCGAUAUUUUUGAAAUGUAUAGUAGAACUUUUGUGGUUCAUCUGUUUCUUCAUGUUUUUCAAAGAACUGAAUGUCAAAUGGUACAAAGUUUUUAUUUUCUUUUUUUCUUUUUGCAAAUGAGUGUGCCAAUCCUAUGGUUAUGCAAAUUUACACACCGUUCUUUUGUAAUGGAUCUUCCUAUCCUAAUAUUGCAUACAACAGAACAUUAUGGGGGCAAAUGUGUUCACGAGAACUGUCUGUCCAAUAACACUAUUGACUGGAAUAUUAAAUAAACCAAAUCACAUGA